AUGCGUUUUGAACUUGUUGUUUUGGCUCAUCUUGCCAGCUCGGUGACUGGUCUUGCUCUUGGACAGGGCGGAAACAAGUUGGUCGCUCGAGAUGAGGCAAUUGCUCGGGUUUCUGGCGUGGUGUUACCCACGCCUAUUGCAUCACCUCCGCCCCCCAUUCCCACCCGAUGGGUUGAGCUAUGCCCCGGCAAGCCUGGUUAUUCCUACUCCCCGAUAGAUUGGGUGGAGGUAGGCGACAACGGUAGUGACGGGCUCUCAGGUCAGGAAAUCUGUCUGGAUGAAGAACCUAUCAAGGGUGAAGGUACUGAUAUUCACGUUGAGCGUGGCUGCAUUGUGAUUGAAGGCGAAGCGCACUGCGCGCCUACAAGCUUCUCGUCUACGAUGUUCCUCCCCCUAAGAUUGAGUUGCCCUACCGUAAACGUUUCCGCGAGUGAAAAGAGCAUCGUCUCCGUCGAAAUAUAUGCCAUGUUCGAUGGUGACAACAAGGAUGAUUUGGUGACUCCUCGUUGCAGGCUCUCGCCACCAUGGCCUAGCAAUUGGCGUGAUCUGGACUUCACCGCCGAUAACUGUAUCACGGAUCGCAGCAGGGUGUGGAAAAAGUGCUGCGGCGACGAGGGAAAUGGUAAUGAUCAACUGACUAUCAACCCAUACCUCUAA